CUGGAAUAGAAUAGAAUGAAACCAUGAAUUUCAACGACAUCACUCUCGCCCAACAUGAAGCCCUCAAAAAUGAAUGGAUCGCAUUAUGCGCAACCUCCUCCCAAGGCAUCUGCGACUUAGCCAGCAGGUAUCGAGGGCGCGACGAUUGUUUACUCCGCUCCAUGCACUGUGGGUCCUUCAACUUCAGCUUCCGCCUUCAUUGGGAUGACGGUGAGCCAGACUGGCUGAUCCGGUUUCCCUUAUCAGGAAAGUCCAUGUUCAUGGAUGAGAAGGUCCGAAAUGAAGCGGUUUUGAUGAAGUACAUCGCGGAGAAGACGCGGAUCCCGGUCCCGCGGGUCAUUGGCUACGGAACCGCAGAGGAGAAUCCGACCGGACUAGGCCCGUAUCUGAUCAUGACCUGGGUGGAAGGGAAGAAGAUGUCGGAUGUCCUCCGCAUGGGUGGUGAUAUACCGGAAAAAGAGGAUGCCCUGAACCCGGAUAUUGACCCGCAAAUGCUGAAGAUCCUGUAUGGAGAAAUGGCUGAGAUCUUGCUCGAGCUCUGGAGUCUGGACUUCGAUUCGAUCGGAAGUGUCUGCGAGGAGCAGCAGCAGCAGCAGCAAUCAAGAGUUGUGAUCGGUAGCAGGCCGUUGACUCUGGAGAGCAACGAAUUGAUCAGGACCUGCGGCCUGGAAGAUUGUACCCCCCAGAGAAUCUUCCGUAGCUCCGUGGAGUAUAUACAUUCCCUCUUGGCGUUGCAAGACACUCACCUCCAGAGCCAGCGGAAUAGUGUCUAUGAUACGACGGACUGUCGCGAGAAAUACGCCUGUCGCAGCUCGAUGAAGGCUGUCGCUCUCCAGUUUGUUUCGGCUGCAGAUAACUAUGGCCCCUUCAAGCUCUUUGGCGACGAUCUGUGUCCUGGAAAUGUGCUGGUCGAUGAUUCCCUCCAUGUGACCGGGGUCAUUGACUGGGAGUUCUGCUAUAGCGCGCCGGCUGACUUCGCAGGCAGUAUCCCGUGGUGGCUGCUUCUAGAACGACCGCAGAAGAUACUACAUCGCCAAGGUCCCGACGCCUUUUUCCAAGCGUUCUUGCCCAGGGCCGAGUCUUUUUUAGAAACCUUGCAGCUCAAAGAGAAGGUCAAGGGACUCGACCUCGCUCCCGAUCGGCUGUCAGUGCGGAUGAGACGGUCUAUCGAGACGAAAAUGUCGUCCGUCGACCUCUUGUACUGGGAUCUGCUAGAUGAGUAUUGUUGGGGUGAGGGACCCUCAGUCACCGACCGAGUACGUGCCUUGACUACAAACAACGGACUUCACAAGCAUCGUGAGGAUUUUGUCCGGUUGAAGAUUGCACAACUGCAGGAGUAUUGUAAAGAGCUGGGAGAAGAGACAGACAGACAGGGGGGAUAA